CAAGACAUUUGGUAUUGCGCACAUACCUUGAGACUGACAGGUUGGUUCGCUUCAUUCAGUCUGUGGUCAAUUCACCUUUUGGUACAUCCUGGGCCACUCCACAUACUCCAGAGCAUCUCAAAUCGGAUAGCACACAGGCCAGGCUUUUGCAGUCUUCUUGCCUCGUUUUGGCUCCUGGAACGUUGAGCAUCAGACCCCGGACGUGCCAAACCGCCCCGGACGUGUCUGCGGUUCUGGAACGGUGUUCCUCCCCUCCCAUCCCAGACCAGCGAGACUGAGCCCGAGGCUUCGCAGGCUUCGCAAGUGCAGGAGGAGCAGCCGUUGUUGUCGCUGCACCCACCACUGCCGCCUUCGCAGCAGCUGCCGAUCACUUCGCAUAUGCCAGUGCAGAUGUCCCCAGUGCCCUUGCCGUUGCCCCCACACAUGCAACUGCAACAGCAGGUGGCUGUGAUGCCAAUGCAGGCACCUCAGCCUCCAGUGAUGGUGCCAGUUCCGAUGCCUCAAAUGCCCAUGGGCAUGGGAAUUUUGCCCGUCGUGAUGUCGAUGCCUCAGAUGCCACCGGUGCCCACCUUCACACCAGGCGGCGUUGGCGCGCCCUCAGGCCCUGCCUUUGGCUGCGCGCACCGCUUUCACCAGAAGAACUCCAGCAUGGGCGUCCUCUCACCAGAUGCACGAAGCUUCACCAAGCGAUACAACAAGGGACGCUUGAGCAUCAUCUCCGAGAACAGGGUUCACUUCCAGGGGACCGUGCGAUAUGCCGUGCAAUUUACCGAAGGAGAGCUUUGCAGUGCUGACGGAGUAGGCUUCAUCCUCUCGUCAGACUUGCCUUGCACGCGAAACAUCCAAAAGAUCAUUUCGAUCUUCGUGAAUCGAACUGGCCGCAUUUGCGUCCGCGUGCACGAUGAGGUGGAUCGCUGCCCUCAACGUGUGAAAUGCCUGGAAAUUGGAGACUGGCUUGAGGGUCGCUGCAAGAAGCAAGCUGCGAGGGCGCAAACCUCGGCGCCACCACGCCCAAACACCCUGGCCCUGGAGGUUUCAAAAAGGGCAGAGAGCGACCGCUGCCAGUUCAACAGAGCAGAGAGUGACCGCUGCCAGUCUAACAAGUCCCAGGGUCGCUGCAAGAAGCAAGCUGCGAGCGCGAAACACCCACAGGACAAGGUUGGGGCAGAGAAAGUAGGAUUUCUGGCGGUGGUGAUGAAGCACCUGGGCGUCUCAGUGAAGUUGGUCACGCAGUUGAAGGUGCAGGGCUUCUGCCCGGUUGGGCAGAAGCGGAAAGGAAGCAAAGACACCAUCUUGAGUGGCAACAGUGCAAGCAUUCGAACGGCGCCCGCCGUCGACUUUGAUGCCCUGAGCCCCUUGAGUGACAGUGACCAUGAGGUGUUUGCUGAUGCUCCGAGGAUGGCGGCCUUGAUUGGCAGGAAGCGCCAAAGCCAGGCACAGCCAGAAGUCAAGCCAGCCAGGAGCGUGAAGGAGCGUGAAGCCUGGGCUGAUCUGCAGACCGAUGAUGAGGACAACUUCCCGAGCUGGGAGCCUAAGAUGCGUGAGGCACCAAGCGUGGCAGUGACGCAAGGGCUUCGCUGGGAUCCACUUGGCCUUGAGGGGGAAUGGUCCCCAGUCUCUGAUCUUCUGUUCAACAAGAUGGCGGUGGAGAAGCAGAAUGACCUGCAGAGCAAUGGCACUGUGUUUGACAAGUGGUCUUGGAGCACCACAGCCACAGAGGUGGAUGCACUUCCCCCCCUCCAAGAGGAGUCUUCGCCGAGCUCACGUAGCAAGACCAGCGAUGCCGAGAGCGAGGCUGCGCAGGCGUCCCAAAGUGAACAGCUGCCAUCCCAAGCGCCACAGAACCAGCUGCGGACUGCGCAGCUGCCGAUCCCUUCGCAGAUGCUGCAAAUGUCGGUGCCUUUGCCCCCGCAACUGCAACUGCAGCAGGUUGCCGUGAUGCCAACGCAGGCACCUCAGCAAAUGAUGGUGCCAGUUCAGAUGCCCAUGGGCAUGGGCGGCAUGGGCAUGUUGCCCAUCAUCAUGCAGAUGCCGCAGAUGCAAACGGUGCCGAACUCCAUGCCGAACGCGAUGCCAUCGGUGCAAAACUCCGUGGCGAGCGCAUCCACCUUCACCUCAGGCCCUCAAGGCCCUGCCUUUGGCUGCGCGCACCGCUUUCACCCGAAGAACUCCAGCAUGGGUGUCCUCUCAGCAGAUGCGCGAAGCUUCACAAAGCGAUACAAUAAGGGGCGCUUGAGCAUCAUCUCCGAGAACAAGGUGCACUUCAAAGGCACUGUGCGAUAUGCCGUGCAAUUUACCGAGGGAGAGCUGUGCAGUGCUGACGGAGUGGGCUUCAUCCUCUCGUCGGACUUGCCUUGCACGCGAAACAUCCAAAAGAUCAUUUCGAUCUUCGUGAAUCGAACUGGCCGCAUUUGCGUUCGCGUGCACGAUGAGGUGGAGCGCUGCCCUCAACAUGUGAAGUGCCUGGAAAUUGGAGAUUGGCUCGAGGUUGCUGCGGAUCUGGAGCAACAAACGGUCAGCUUCACUGUUUGGCCACAGGACAAUUCUGAGCCAUCCUCCGCCACUGUGCACUUCAAGGAGAUCUUGCAGGAGGCACGCGGCCGGCUGCAUGGUGUGCCACGAAACCCUUGCGGAUUUUUGGCCGUGGUGAUGAAGCACUUGGGUGUCUCAGUGAAGUUGGCCUCCUAA